UCAGUUCGACGUCAUUUGCGUGAUCGAUGCGCGUACGUCAGUUUCCGGAGCGGUUCCAAUAGUUUUUCAAUAUUUAAACUGUGUUCUUAUGACGAAACAAUGAACCGGAAAUAUUAGACUUUCACUAAAACGUUGAACUUAUAAGACUCAGUAGAUGAUAGAUCGUAUUCAGUCAUAAAUUAUCCACCAAGUACACAACACACUGUAACGAUAUUCAAUGGAAAGUUUUGAACAGCGGCGUGCAAGACGGAACAGUCACGUUGAAGUUAGAUCAAAUACACUUUGGGAUAUGUUUGAACCAGAAUGGGUUGCACAUUUACUGGGGAUAUCCCUCAAUGGUCUUAGUGGAGAAGAAGCGAAAUUGAUGUUACGAAAUAAAAAGGUCUGGCCAUUUUAUUAUUAUACGCCAAACGAUUUAAAUGAUUGGGACAGAUUUCCAACUGAACUUCUACCCGAAAAUAUACGUAAGGAUGAUGAAAAUAAUUCAGAACUUGACCACCACCAUGAAGCCUUAACAAAACAUCUCAAUCCAAAGUUAUCAUUUUUCCAGAAUGUCAAAAACAAGAUUUCUAAAAAAAGACUUCGCUGAAAAAGUUUUUAAUAAUGGUGCCAUAUUUUAAAUCACGAUGAUAAAUAUUUUGUAUUCAUAUAAAAUUUUUUACUUGUUUCAAUUUUUUUUCUCUUAUUAGUUGCACUAUGAUAAUAAAUUCACUGUGUUAUGGAUUUA